CUCAAAUCUCACCCAAGUCACUCCUUUGACACUUGAUCGAUUUCGCGAAUCCCUUUGGAUCCUUCUCCUCGUCCAUAAUUUCCAAUCUCAAGUCAAUUCCAGGCGUUCCACCAACAUCAAGAUGAAAUUCCUCACCGCCGGUGCCACCUUGGCUCUUGUUUCCACCGUCUGCGCCGCCCCUAACUGGAGUGACUGGGUCCGACCAGGCGCAUGCCCUGCUGCUCAAUGCCCAGACGCCCAAUGCCCGGAUGUCGAAUGCCCCGUGGAUACUUGUCUCCAACAAAGUGACGCCGAGGAUAUCGUCAACAACUUCAUCGCUUUCCUUGACCACCCGGAUAUUGCGGCCGCCAACGUGACUGCUCAAGCCUUGCUCGCGGAAGGCUUCUACGAGAAGAGCGACUCAAUCAACAUGCUCGCUGGACACCCUAUCGGCAGUGUCACCUUUGAGGGCAAGCAAUCCUACAUCGGAGCAGUGCUCAGCUCUCCUAGUCUCGACGCGAUCGAGAUCAUCAAGAUCUUCCCUGCGGGCUGUGACCACGUCCUGUUCUACUGGAGAAUGGGUGUUGGCUCAAAGCAGAUCCCCGUGCAGGGUUUCAACCUCUUCGAGAUCGUGGGAGACAACCAGAUCGGCAGCAUGUUUGUCGAGUUCAACAACAUUGGCUGGGGUAUCGACAUCGGCUAUACCGCCUUCAACCCAGCUGGCGUGCAGCUCCCUCUCGCAUAG